AUGCCUCCUAAGGUUGCUUUGAUUUUUGGUGCCAGUGGUGUUACUGGUUGGGCAUUUGUCAAUGAAAUACUAAAUGACUAUCCCAAAAAAGGCAGUUGGAGUGGUGUUCAUGCUCUAACUAAUCGUCCCUUGAGUGCUGAGAAAGCAUUCUGGCCAAAAGAUGACCGACUGGUUAUAACUUCCGGGAUCGAUCUCUUGGAAGGAACACAAGAGGACCUGAAUUCAAAGUUGGGCAGUAUUCCAGGCAUCGAGAAGGUCACACAUGUAUUUUAUCUUGCGUAUAAGGCCAACACAGAUAACCCUCAAGAGGUUCGCGAAAAUGUUGAGAUGUUUAAGCGGGCUAUUAUUGCGAGUGACAAGCUCUGCCCUCAGUUAGAAUUUGUGGUCAACCAAACGGGUGCAAAGACAUACGGUUGCCACCUCUUGCGCAACCGCCCAGGCUACCUUGUUCCUCCCUUUCACGAGGAUGGGGUGAAGCUUGGCGAGCCGGAGUCCGCAACCCUGUUCUAUUAUCCCAUGCUGGACUGGUUGACUGAGUACUCCAAAAACAAACCUUGGUCAUGGGCCGAAACACGGCCGGAUAUCAUCAUUGGCUUUGUACCAAAUCAGAAUUGGUACUCGCUUGGUAUGGCUCUGGGAUUCUUCCUAAGCCUCUAUCGGGAGAUUAAUGGAGAGGGAGCUGAGUGCCCGUUCCCAGGAACAGGGGACUCAUGGUUGGCCAAGUCUCAGGAUUCAUCAUCAGAUAUGAUCGCUCGCCAGACUCUCCACAUUGCGCUUUCACCUGAUACUCCCAAGGGGCAUGCUUAUAAUGUUGCUGAUGAGCAGGCGCCUCACUGCUGGCGAGGCAAGUGGCCGGUAUUAUGCUCUCUGUUUGGGCUCAAGGGAGUGAAGUUACCAGACGACAAUCCUAUCGAGGUACGGCGCUAUAUCAAAGAGAAUUAUAAAAGGUGGGAAGAAAUGGAGAAGAAGUAUGGACUGCAAAGCGGACACGCCGAUAACGAAAGGGUCUUUCCUGGCUUCGAGUAUUUUCUCAUCACGCAGUUUGAUACCGAUCGGUGGUAUGACAUGAGUCGGCUGUAUAAAGAGGCGGGCUUUACGGAAGAGAGAUCAGCUAAGCAGGCUUGGGGCCCCGUCUUUGAUAGAAUGAGAGUGGCUAAGUUGAUUCCUGCGGAAUUCAAAUAG